UGCUGCUUCUGCUUGAACUGUUCUGUUUUCUCACCUUAAAAGAAUAACCUAGCUGGUAUACACAGAUCCAUCCUAUACUGGCGAAGGUCCAAAGUUCCAUUAUAAUCUGCUGAUCACGGUGACGGAGUCUCUGAUCAGUCACUAUAGCUGUGACUAUAAAUACAGAAAAAUUAAAAAAUGGAGGAGAGCGGGAGCCCUGCGACUGACGACCACAACAAACAUCUUGGCCCAGUGACGAUUCACGUCGACUAUGCCAAGAGCAUUGUGGGAAUACUUAAAGUUGUCGCUAUAGCUCUGUCCUUACUGGCCUUUUUAUGUGUAACCGCCGGAGACUGGAGGCUCUGCCAAUCUUUCGGCCCACCCAGGUUUUUCCAGUUUGUCACCAUGAGCGCAUUCUGGGCAACCAUCUUUCUCUACUUUAUCUAUCUGGUGGGGCUCGAUAAAGUCAUUCGAUUCAUUAACUGGCAAUUGACGGAACUCAUAUGGUGUGCUGUUGAUGGCGUGUUAUUCCUCCUAUCCUCGGCCAUACUGGCAGCUAACACCUGCUACAGCGGCUCCAUGGCAGCCGGUGCGGCGUUUGGAUUUUUCGUGAUGGUUGCCUUUGGAUUAAAUGGGUUUUUAGUUUUCCGAGAAUUCAAAGAAAGAGUGGUGUUGUCCGAUUCAAGCAACGCUGCAUCGCCCGCGGCACCAGAAUACAGUCCGGAGGGAAAAUACUAAACCAGUGAAUAAGCUCGUUAUAUUUGCUGCCAAUCGCGUUAUCUUUCGCAUAAGACAAUUUGAAGUUUACUGACACACCCACAAAUUCACGCCAUUCCUCCUCUUAGACUAUCAUACAGCAUAGUAAACUACCACAAAGAAGCCACAUCAUAAUUACUACGGCUGUUUCACUGUAAAUAUUUUCUCAGAUUAAAGCAAAAUAAUACAUAAAGCCAGGUAUGCAGUAAUGUUUUGCAGCCGUUAUUCCGCUAUCUGCAUGAAUAGUCAAGUAGUGUUUAUAUACUCAUGUGUGUAUGUCUUACCUAUGUCUUUAGUCUCGGCCUUGUUUCACAACGUAAAAACACACCAAACUGACUGUAACACAUGGUACAUCAGACUGACCGUAACACAUGGUAUACCAUAUUGACCGUAACACAUGGUAUAUCAUACUGACUGUGACACAUGACAUAUCAUACUGACCUUAACACAGGGUAUACCAUACUGACCGUAACACAUGACACAUCAUACUGACCGUAACACAUGGUAUACCAUACUGACGGUUACACAUGAUACACAUCAUACUGACCGUAACACAUGGUAUACCAUACUGACCGUAACACAUGACAUACCACACUGACCGUAAGACAUGACACAUCAUACUGACCGUGACAAAUGGUAUACCAUACUGACCGUAAGACAUGAUAUACCAUACUGACUGUAACACAUGACAUGUCAUACUGACCGUAACACAUGGUAUACCAUACUGACGGUUACACAUGAUACACAUCAUACUGACCGUAAGACAUGACACAUCAUACUGACCGUAACACAUGGUAAACCAUACUGACGGUUACACAUAAUACAUGACACAUCAUGAGACAUGACACAUCAUACUGACCGUAACCCAUGACAUACCAUACCGACCGUAACACAUGAUACAUCAUACUGACCGUAACACAUGAUAUACUAUACUGACCGUAACACACUCCCUCCAUUUCUUCGGAGAAUCGAAUGGGUGACAUGACAAGAUUAAUCUAAUCUAUCUAAUUAGUAAGCUUAAGACUUUGAUUCAACCAAUAUAUAAUAUAGCAUUUCAUGUCUGUGUUAGUUUAUCUGUAUAACUAUAUGUUUAAUAACUGAAAGAUUACUAGCUCAGAAAAGGCGUUCAGUAUUGAGAACUUAAUACCACUGAACCAUAAUGGGAUAACGUACAACCCGAUUCAAACAUCUAUAAAAGCAUGAAUAUAGGCUUAUAUCCGCCUGUGUAAUUCAUACAUAGUAAUACAUACAUAUUUUAACGG